CCGAGCUCGUAUUUAUUUUAUGUUACAAUCGCCCAUCGAUGCCGAAAGCACACAAACCAGCGAACUCGCCGGCGACAUCGGCGGCGGCCGGAUCGGCCUUCACGUACCACGUGGAGGAAAACCCGUCUGUCCAGUAUGCGUCAUCAUUUCUGGAGCCUUGCAUCCCGGUGUACGCUCGUCAUCCGACCUUGGACCUACUCUACGACGGCUCAAUCCAACGACUUCGGUACUUCAUGACAAAAUCCGAGUGCCACGACGCAAUUGCUUUCGCAACUAGCAUCGGGUUCACCCACGUGUUUCAUUCACAGACGUCCGAGUAUGCGUUCCGCGACAACGAUCGUCUCCUUUUGCGUUCCCCGCAACUGGCCGCACAGUUGUGGGAACGCCUGCACCCCUUCCUUCCUCCGUCACUCGAGAAAGCAGUUGGGUGCAACCCCGCCAUCAAGUUCUACCGAUAUCGAACCGGCCAGGCAUUUGGGUGUCACGUCGACGAGAGCGUUGUGGACGAACUGACGUCCACUGAAAGUCGAUACACUCUCCUUGUGUACUUGAAUGACUCGGCGGACUCUGGUCUCGUUGGCGGCGCCACGCGGUUCUACGUGAGCACGUCGUCUUCGAGUCGUCGCCCGAAAAAGUCCAAGAAACGAGAGCCCGCGACAAAGGAGUCUGUCCUGGACGUGAUGCCUGAAACAGGCAUGGUACUCAUGCACGGCCACGGGGAUCACUGCCUCGAGCACGAAGGUGCGCGGGUCGACCGCGGCGAAAAGUAUGUCCUGCGAACCGACGUCAUGUUCGCUUUGUGACACAGUUGGCUCACGGUCAGCAAUGGACGAACCCACGAAAAAUAGAAGCCCAUGCGUCAUGUUGUCUGCAAGUGGUGGCGCAGCAAGGUUGGAGCAGGUUCAGUCAGUGUCAGUCCACUUGGAGCUUGCCGCCAGCCAGUCGAGCUGAAUUCACCCUUCGUUGCCCGGCCAUUGCCACCAGCAACGAAUUCGUUUGCCCAGAAACGCCAAGUGCAGUCAUCCAAACUCUGCUUUGUGCAUGUUGUGCUUCAAAAUUUGGAUAAUCGCUGGGUCCCCGAAGGCAUUCCAACAGGUUUAUUUGGAACGGGAAUUCCCUGCAUCGG